AAGGUGGUAUUAAAGGUCAUGACCAUGACUGAUGAGAAGACAAGGCAAAAGGCUAUUGAAGCUGCUGCGGAUAUUUAUGGUGUUGAUUCGAUUGCUGCUGAUCUGAAGGAGCAGAAACUAACAGUGAUCGGAGAGAUGGACACAGUUGCGGUGGUGAAGAAGUUGAAGAAAGUAGGGAAGGUCGAUAUAAUAUCAGUUGGGCCAGCAAAAGAAGAGAAGAAAGAAGAAAAGAAAGAGGAAAAGAAAGAAGAACCCAAAGAAGAUAAGAAAUAA